AUGACGAAUCGAAAGGACUACAAAGAGAAUAUCAUGUUUAUUUUGUUCCCCGCCGCACUGUUGUUUAUUCUUGAGGAAGAGAAAUUACAUAACAUGGUUACAAUCGGGGAGUAUCCCUUGUAUAUUGUACCGAUAGAUGAGGAUGUACUAUCAUUUGAGCUUGACCUUGCUUACAAAGAGUGCCAAGUUGAUGGUGAUACAAGCUCGCUUUGGCAUAUCGCAAAAGCAAUUCACAAACUUGAGUUCUCUUUUGGAGUGAUACCAAAUCUGAGGGCAAAAGGAAAAGCAUCUGUGCGUGUUGCAGACAUCCUUAACCGAAUGCAGGCUGAGGAACCAGUCAACUCAUCUGACGUAAUCAUGCUCUACUCUGUUUUUUUCCCUUUCUUUCUUCAAGAUAACUAG